CGUCAAGUCUUUGUGUGCUUUUUAAAUGAUGAAUUGUUUCUGAGGAGCAGGGAACUUCUGGACUUUUCCAUCCGACUCUGAAGGCAGCCAGGUGUCCAGGAGGCUGUGCAGAAGGGAGGUGUGAAAGAGACAAUGCGCUGGAUGUUUAUGGUCCAGCACAACACCUGCUUCCUGAUGGAAACGCUUCAGCACUAGGGGCCAGUUGAGUCAUAUAAAACUCUUGCUUCCCAUGUAAACCCAAGUAGACCAUAGUUAUGGUCAAUGUUGAGAAUACUCACCAGUUCCUUGUUCAAACUAUUCUUAGUUGCCUCUCCAAAGCUAGGGUUUGCAUGGGGAAAACAUCCAGGCCAAAUAAAGCAAGCCAUCUGGAGCGACUCCCCUUCAGCUAACUCCCCUUCAUGUGACUGUGAAGGGGAGAUUCUGAGUAGGGGGAGGAGAUGAGGAUGGAAUGAAACAUCCAUUCUUUUUUGACUUAGUUCUUCCUAAUACGCUGUUAUAAUUUAGCUUCAGUCCCCAAGACAGCACAAUCAGUGUGACCGAUUGACCAAUAGGGAGAUUUCCCACAAUCGUAGGACGCCUGGAUUCUUAGUGUCUCCCAACAACAACAGGGAUGCAUGUGGGAGCUGCGGUGGCCCAGGGUGCAGUCUGCCCAGAGCUGUUGGCUGUGUUUGUUCUAUGUGAUCAGUUGAUAGUCCCUACUUAAUUAGUCCUUCUUACUGUCUCCCUUAGUCCUAGAAUCCUAAGCACCACUGUUCUUAGUGUGUAAGAAGGCUGUGGCUGUUGGCGUGGGAACAGCACGUGCUAGAGGAGUGCAGUUUCUUGCCAUGUCAGCAGCACAGUUGAGACCCUAGUUGAUCUGGCAGGUGGAUGGGAAAAUGGGCGCAGUCCUAGGGGAAAUACUGGACACCAGGCAGGUUCUGACAGAUUCGCCUUUUGGGCAGCAAGCAACACUAAUGAUCAUUUACUUGACUGCCCAAAUUUUAGAAAAUGAAGAAGCCAGCACUCACAAGUGUCUGGCACCACACACCUCCUUGGAAUGCCAGGUCCUUAGUGUGGUCUUUCCUACAUUACUCCUAGCUUCCUGUCUCUCUGCAACUGGACAGGGCAGUUCUAGCCCUUGAAGGGCUAGCACAUCUGAGUGGGGGUGACCCAAGGUCUGCUUUCUUCCGGCUCAGGAGUCACGACAGGAGGAAUGGUGGGAAGGCUUCCCCAGAAUCCCUUUGCUUGCCUUCUUCCACCAGGGAUAGAAAUGUCAGUGCCAGAGAAGCCCUGGGCUGUGGUGUAGUCCCUUCCAUACUGGGUACCAUCACCACAUCCACUAAGACAGGAAAAAUGAUUCCUCUUGCUUUGCUCAUUACCUCUCCCAGACCUCCUCCAUUCUGCCCCAGUUCUCCUUCCAUCCCCCUUUCCAUCUCCUGUAAGGAAAUGCUGGGUUUCAUGAAGUAUUGGUUACACAGUAACCUUCCCACCAACAACUCAGGGCAUGAAAGCCAGUCAGUAGAUACAAGGUAUUGGGCGUUUUUCAACAAGAAUGUAUGAGAAUGUUUUGACUGGAGAGGUGGUUCUUUAAAAAGGUCUUUGAUGAGGAUUCUAUGAAAUACUGAAUUUUCUUAAAAACUAUGUUUAUUUACUUUCAUCUGCUUGAAAGGCAGAGUGACAAAGAUAGAGAGAGAGAGACAGGGAAAGAGAGAUCUUACACCCUGUUUCACUUCCCAAAUGUCUGCAACAGCCAGCACUGGUCCAAGCUGAAGCCAGAGGUCUAAAACUCCACGGGGUCUCCCACAUGGGGAGAAGGGACCCAUGGACUUGGACCACCAUCUGCUGUUUCACAGGAUGCAUUAGCAGGGAGCUGAAUCAGAAGCAGAGCAGUUAGGGCUAGAACCACAUCUAACACGGGAUGAGGGUACCCUACAUGCCAGCUUAACCCACCUGUGCUGUGACACUUGCCCCUGGCAUGCAGUCUUUUAAAAAUUUGUUGAGAACCUAUUAUGGGACACCCAAUAGACUAGGAGUGAAAGACAUAAUAAGACACAAGAAACACUUACAUGAAAAAAAAAAAGUGCAGGAAGAGACAAAUCAUGACUGUACAUCCGAUAGCUGGAAUAAUAGGCACCCCGGGAAGUAUGGCAAUGAAGAGGGGUGAGCAUUUAAAUAAAGUUAGGAUCAGGAGUGAAGGAUGGCUUCCUGGAUAAGUUGACUUAAGUUAAAUUGUACUCUUUUUUUGUUUUCUAAAGAUUCAUUUAUUUAUUUGAAAGGUAGAGUUAGAGAGACAAAGAGAUCUUCCAUCCUGUGGUUCACUCUCCAAAUGGCCAAUCCGAAGCCAGGUGCUUCUUCCAGGGUCUCCCACGUGGGUGCAGGGGCCCAAGCACUUGGGCCAUCUGCCACUGCUUUCCUAGGUGCAUUAGCUGAAAGCUUGAUUGGAAGUGGAGCAGCUGGGACUCGAACCAAAGCCCAUAUGGGGCAUUCACACUGCAGGCAGUGGCUUUACCCAUUAUGCCAGAAAGCUGUCUCCCAGUAAAUUGUAGCUUUAAAAAAAUAUGUGAAAGGCAGAAACACACACACACACACACACGUACAUAUACAUAGAACACAUACACAUACAUACACAUCACACGCACAGAAGGACAAAGCCCCACCUGCUAGUUCAUCCCCCAGAGAGGCCCACAAUGGCCGGGGCUGGGCUGAAGCUGGGGCCAAGAACUCUAUCCAUAAAGUCUCCUUGAGUGGCAGGAACCUAACUAACUUGAACCAUUACCUGUUGCCUCCCAUUACCUGUUGGCAAGAACCUGGAAUCAGGAGCAGAGCCAGCAUUCGAACCCAGGCACUCUAAAACGGGACAUGGGUGUGUCAGUCAGCAUACUAAGUGCUAGGGCAAACUCCCAGCCUUAGACCCAAUCCUGAGUGGAGCUGGCAGUGAGCCUGCAGGGCGGGAGUGAGAAAGCAUUGUCGGCAGAAGCAACAGCAGUGUACAAGGUCAUGGCCGGAAAUUGCCUUCCGCUGUAAAGGAAACCAGUGGUUGUCACACAUUCGAGGGGGCACGUCGAGGUGGGUGAGCUUUGAGAUGCAAGUGACAGACGCCCAUCUCAGAACAGCAUAUUUCUAAGGGCACAAAGGUGCGGGCCGCAGCCGCGGAUGGCAUCACCUUCGCUCGCUCUCGUCUUUGUGCAUGGUGGUGAGCCCCCACUCCAUCUCAGCCUCUGUUUGGCUCUGCGUGUAGUGGCGGCCAGGCGCCAUGGGCAAGCAGAGGUGCGGCCCAACGUGCUGCAGGACCCGAGGGAGAACACGGAGUUCACGGACCACGAGCUGCAGGAGCGGUGCAAGGGCUUCCCCAAGCACGGCCCCGCCGGACACCUGACCGUGGACGAGCUCAGGAACACCUACCAGACUUCUUGGCCUCAGGGCAGCGCCUCCAUGUUUGCCAAGCGCGUUGACUUCUGGGAGAUCGUCGCGACGCUGAGCCCGACCUCGCGGGGCAUGCUGGGGCAGACGCUCACGUGAGCGGCAGCGAUCACGUGAGCCGUCAGGAGACACGCAGGUCGGGCAGGCUAGCUGCAAAAUGGCGGCCUCAGUGAAGAAAAUGCCCGAGGAGGAGUGUACUCCCGACACGCGACCGGACUACGGACACCAAGGGAGACGGCCGGCUGUCCCCGGAAGAAUUCACCCAGGGUGCCAUGGCGCGGCCGCCGCAGCGCGACCCCAGGGCGCCAGCCAGUUCUGAGCAAGGGGCCUUGUCUCGCUGCUCGAGCCUCGCUUGCAGGGGCUGCCUCCACCGCCAUUCCUGCUCUGCAGAGGCCGCGACCCCCGCUCCUCCAGCGGGCCAGUGCGGCGUCCCUCCCCGCCCACCCUGCCCCUUCUCUCCCAGGGCUGGGAUUCUGGGAGGGUUCGGGUGUGCUCGGCUCCAGGGACACGGGCAGGACUGUCAUGAGCAUUGAGACCCCAGGUACGUGUGGACAAGGUGGGGACGGGGAUGGAGACAGACAGCAAGCCCUUCUCCUGCACGGCUGCUCCCGCCCUGCGCGUUCCCCCACCAGAGCCGCUUGCACGCGUGUGCACGGCGGUCUCACAUAUGUCUGCUGCAGUGAAACGUACCGUGUAGGUCUGGAUUCGGUGCCUCUGAUGCGUGGCCUCCUCGUGGCCUGUGAUCCUUGGAGCCUGAUUGCUUUUUGCUUAUGCAUCCUGCAGCCGCCUGUCUCAAAAGGGGAGUGCAUGCCCAGAGCCAUGACAUUGCUGCUGUCCGUGAUGCUCUUUUUCCCUCGGAAAGAAGCUCAUAGUCAGACCGAGAAGCGGAGGAGAGACAAGAUGAACGGCCUGAUUGAGGAGCUGUCUGCCAUGAUCCCUCCGUGUGGCCCCGUGGCCAGGAAGCUGGACAAACUCACUGUCCUCAGGAUGGCCGUGCAGCACCUGCAGUCCUUAAAAGGCUUGACAAAUUCUUAUGUCGACGGUAAUUAUAGGCCUUCAUUUAUUCAGGACAGUGAACUCAGACAUUUAAUCCUUCAGACUGCAGAAGGCUUCCUAUUUGUGGUUGGAUGUGAAAGAGGAAAAAUUCUUUUCGUUUCUAAAUCGGUCUCCAAAAUACUCAAUUACGAUCAGGCUACUUUGACUGGACAGAGCUUAUUUGACUUCUUACAUCCAAAAGAUGUCGCCAAAGUAAAGGAACAACUUUCUUCUCCAGAUGUUUCACCAAGGGACAAGCUGAUCGAUGCCAAAAGUAAUUGCUCAUUUCAGCAUAUUUGCCGUUUUACGUACAUAUUACCACCUGCAGCUGGUCUUCGAGGUCCCCGAAGCUUCCACACCAGAAGGACGCGUGUGUGUUCGGGCUCCCGGCGAUCUUUCUUCUGUCGGAUGAGGAGCUAUAAGUGCGCCAUCAAAGAGGAACACGACCCUGUGCCCAAGCCCAAGAGGAAAGAUCAUAGAAGAUUCUGCACCAUCCACUGCACGGGUUACUUGAGAACCUGGCCCCCAGACAUCUCUGGAAUGGAAGAGGAGAGGGACCCCAAGGAACACAGAAGCCAUUUCACCUGCCUGGUUGCUGUUGGAAGAUUGCAUCCAUGUGCUGUCCCACAGAGCAGUGCAGGGGUUAAAGUGAGACCAACUGAGUUUGUAACCCGCUUUGCAAUGAAUGGGAAAUUUGUCUACGUAGACCAGAGGGGGUGUAGGGACACUGGAGAAGCAUCAUUAUUUCCUUGUAGCUGUCAGGCUUCAGAAGAAUCCUGCCGACAGUCUGGUGUUGGUGUGCCUGGAAGGUCUCCAGGAACAGUCCCUGGUGCUUGUAGCAUUGGGACAGAUACUGCAAAUGAAGAUCUGGGUGUGCACAGGUUGCAGUCUGCUUCCUCCCUUGAUGACUCAAGCCCAGCAGAUGCAAUGAGAGAGAGACAUGCUGUGCACUGUGGGGAUGUGUCAGAGAAGGAGUUCUGUCCGCUGAGUCCUGGAGGAAGUGGGCUCCAGGCUGCCAGGCACCACCGGCACAUGGCUGCUGUCCACAGUCAGGAGCCACUGCUCAGUGAUGGUGCCCAGUUGGACUUCGAUUCUCUGUAUGACAAUGAUGACACGACUGUGGCUGCGUUCAUGAAUUACUUAGAAGCAGAAGGGGGCCUGGGGGACUCUGGGGACUUCAGUGACAUCCAGUGGACACUCUAGCAUCUGGUUUUUACCCCCCCAAAUGAGAAAUGUUUCAAAGCAUUUCAUUUACAAAGCACUGUCUGUUCUUCAGUACUGUACUGAUACCAUUUUUAUCUCUUAUUAAUGGGCUACUAACUUGAAAGAUUGGCAUCUUAUGCUCAGAGAGGUGUGGAGAAUAGGAUUUUUCUUCCACAGAGGGUCAUCACAAUUUAUCAAGACCCCCUUUACCUAGUGGAAUGACCUAAAACCCGCUAGUUGCCAUAUUUUUGCUGAAGUAUUUCUAACCAAGAUACUACAUACAUAGUGUUUUGGCUUCAUUUUGAUGUUUUUGGUGUGGUUUUUGUUUUGGAGUGAUUUGUUGUCAUUUUCCUUGUGUCUGAGAUUCAUUGAUAAUAGAGUUCUAGUAGUUGGCUUGUGCAGCUGGCAGCAUCUCCCUUUGGCAUUUUCUUGAUUGAGGACAGGGCUUACACGGUUUAAGAAAGCAGCGAGCACUGGGCGAUUUAAAGAGAAAGUGCAUUUUGCAGCCAUUAGCGCCGUGAAUCCUCUUCCAUUUUUGCAGUUAACAAGUGCAAAGCCAGUGUAUUUGUGCUCAGUGGAGCACUGCCAGAUAUUUUUAAGUGAGAUAGUCUCUAGUGCUUGGUGAUGAAGCUUUGCAUAAAGAUUGAUUUUUCACCACUCAAGGUUUUGAUCACAGACACAACAGGUUUUCAGUGUUGAAAACCUGCUUAGCCAUUGUUUGGUCCUAGGGAACAAAGUGGGCCCAGGUGGGUUGGCUAUCUUGUGUGGAGUCACACGUUGGAUUCAUGUCAUUUUCCAUGUUUAAAGUGUGUAUACCAGUUUCUAGCUGUCAGAUUCGUGUCAUUUUCCAUGUUUAAUGUAUAAUCAGUUUCUUGGUAUGCACUUGCUGAAGCACUGGCCUCACUGGUUAACUGAUUAACUGACCCAGGAACCUGUCAUGGCCAUGUAGCUUGUUAGGCAGUUAAAAUUGUCAUUGUAACUAAAAGCAAUGAAAUAUAUAGUAACUACAAUUUUUAAAUCAUGAGGCAAUGAGAAAUCAUUUAAAAAUCAAUUUUCCUGUUAUAAUUAACAAUUGCUUUAAUUUUUUUUUAUCUGAGAGUCAGAGAAGAGCUACUUUGCAUUGGCUCACUCCCCAAAUGCCCAUAGUGGCCAGGACUGGGCCAGGCUAAAGCCAGGGGCUGGUAAUCCAAUCCAGUUCUCCUACAUGGGUGAUAGGAACCAAAUUACUUGCAUCAUUGUCUGCUGCCUCCCAGGGUCUGCAUUGGCAGGAAGCUGGAAUCAGGAGCCAGAGCUGACGAUUGAACUCCGGUAGUCUGAUUUGGGGUGUGGGCAUCCUAACCACUAGAUUAAAUGUGCGUUCCUGGAGAGAACAUUUCCUAAAAUAGGAAUUAGUCCAGCGAUGGCUCAUAUCAAGUGUAAGAAUUAAGACUGUUUUAAAUACUGUUUGUCUUCUUGAGGAUCAUACUGUCAUAAUACCUUAUGUUCUAAUAGCUCUUGACAGUUUACCAAGUGUGUUCUCAUAGAUUUUCUUUUGUGCCUCAGAAAUGAAAGAGGAUAAAAAACUCAUGGGAUGCCCACAGGCUCCGGUGUGGAGUUCAGUCCUGUGGGGUUUUGGCUCAUUUUCCUCUGCAGGUGCUGUCCCUUCUGCUGGGUUCCUUCCGGAGUCCCUCAUCAGACAACAUGUGAUUUUACCCUCCAUGUUAUGUGUUUAGGCUGUGGCUGAUAGGUCAGAACCUGCAUCAGACGUGUUCGUGAGAAACAUACCAACAGACAGUACCAAAGUGCAUGCUUCCUCCAGAAGAAGUUUGCAUGACUGAGUGAGGCAGGGUUGGCACCUUGUCCUCUUGAGCUGACAGUGGCCAGGUGAUGUUGGAGGGUCAGCACCAUCUCUAGUCUGACCCUUGAGAAUGUGAGAGCAGCUUUAGAACAAACCACAGAAACCCUCCAAGCAGGAUGGGUCACUGUAGCUGGCUGGCCUCUGGGGAGGCCAGUGUGCAGGAGGAGUGACUUGAGAGGCCGAGUUUCUAGAGGCCGGCAUUUCCGCCUGGCACAGUUGCAGGUUUUUCUCUGCAAGACGAAGGGUUAGUCCGUAGGCCACUGGGCAGGGAGCCACAUGAGCGCUCUGUGCACAGUUUGAUCCUUUAUUAGCCCACUCUAGUAUUUUCUGCGACCCAGAAUCCCACCCACCGAUGUGUUGUGUGAUGACUUCAUUCUCCCUAGUGUUUUCUUCCACAUGCGUUCUAUUCACACUGAUUGCUGUUAGGAGUAGCAGUAUUUCCUUUACUUAGAUGGUUUUACUUCUUUCUCCUACAAAUUAAUUUCUUUGAAUUUUGAUGAUAACUAAUGCAUAUACGUAUUUCAUAAAAGUAUCAUUAAAAACCGUCUCAUUUUUUAAACCCCAACAAUUCCUGCUCCCAUAAUGGAGCAGACUGGGAAGGCUGCCUAGAGUCGGAAACUCUGCUUAGAGUUGGAAACUUAGCUGGAUGACCUCAGGCAGGCUGUUUAAACUCUGUGUGCCUCAGUUUUUUCAUUUCCAAAAAGAGGUGUGUUCUCUGAGUCUUCCGCCUGCUCUGUUUCUAUGAUUCUGGUCUGUGGGUGUGCUUCAGGGUAGACCCUAUGUCUGUGCUACCUGGUGUGGUUGCUGUGGCCACGUGGAACUGAGCACUUGAAAUGAGAAGUGUUGCAAAUGUGCAUUACAUAUCCCAUUUCAGACCCAGUCUUCCGUAAGAAUCUAAAGUCACACAUUAACAAUUUUAUAUUGAUUGCAGCGUUAUGAUAUUUUGGAUAUUCUGAAAUAAAUAAAACAUGAGAAUUUUA